AUGGCGGACGCCGGCCUCAGCGAUCUCAAGAAGCUGCUCGGCGACGUCCUCGACAAGCUAACAUCGCUCGAGACCAAGCUGACGGCGGUCGAUGGCGAGCUCUCCACCGUCAAGAUCGACCAACGGUGCCUCCACGACGCCGUCAAGGCUGAGAAGCAGGCCGCAUUCCCCGGAGUACUCGAGCUGCGUCUACCGGAGUACGACAGCACGGACGACCCCGACAUAUGGCUCCACCGCUGCGAGCUGCUCUUCCGCCUGCAGUGGACCGAGGAAGACAAAAAGGUGUGCCUCGCGGCCUUCCACAUGACCGGCAAGGCGCAGAUCUGGUACUACGGGGUCGAGCGCAACCGCGGCGUCCCUACCUGGCCGCAGUUCGCCGAGUCGGUGCGCCGCCGCUUCGGUUCCCUGACGCGCAGCAACGACGCGUUCCGCGAGCUCAUCCAACUGCGGCACACCGGCUCCGUCGCGGAGUACCGGGAAGAGUUCCUGGGGCUGGUGGACAGAUGCGACGGCGUGACCGACGCGAUGCAGCUCGCCUUCUUCACCGCCGGCCUCCGCGAUCCCCUGCGCGCCGACGUGGAGCUGCGGCAACCGGCGACCCUGCAAGACGCCGCGUGGAUGGCCGGUGUGCUCGAGCACCGGGAGGAACUUGGCUUCGAAAAUUGA